ACAUAUUUUUGGCAUUUAUGUUCAGAUGCUGACCAGCACUUCUACAUUAGAAGUGAUUUUAUCUGAUACUUUCUGAAAUGGAAAUCUGUCCACGCACAAUCACCAUGUUCCCAAGUACCCAUAGGGACAAGUCUGCUUCAUUGAGAUAAAAAGUGCAGAGUCCCUCAUGCCAAACUCAACCUCAUGAAAUGUAGAUUACAUCACGGAGCUGAAUGAACACAGCCUACAUACAAAGACUUGUCCUUGACUUUUUCCUCCUUGAACAGGUCCUGGUGCCAAGAAGUACCAGAUGCCCAACAGCAGCUCCAUCAGUGAGUUCCUCCUGCUGGCGUUGGCAGACACGCGGCAGCUGCAGCUCCUGCACUUCUGGCUCUUGCUGGGCAUCUACCUGGCUGCCCUCCUGGGCAACGGCCUCAUCAGCACAGCUGUAGCCUGCCACCACCGCCUGCACAGCCCCAUGUACCUCUUCCUCCUCAACCUCGCCCUCCUCGACCUGGGCUGCAUCCCCACCACUCUCCCCAAAGCCAUGGCCAAUGCCCUCUGGGACACCAGGACCAUCUCCUAUGCAGGAUGUGCUGCACAGCUCUUUUUCUUUUCUUUUUUGCUUUCAGCAGAGUAUUCCGUUCUCACCAUCAUGUCCUAUGACCGCUACGUUGCCAUCUGCAAGCCCCUGCACUACGGGACCGUGAUGGACAGCAGAGCUUGUGCCAUCAUGGCAGCAGCUGCCUGGGGCGCUGGGGCUCUCCAUGCUCUGCUGCACACUGCCAGUACAUUUUCAAUACCACUUUGCCAAAACAAUACCGUGGACCAGUUCUUCUGUGAAGUAGCCCCGACCCUCAAGCUCUCCUGCUCAGAAUCUGACUACCUCAGGGAAAUUGUGAAUGUCUAUUUUAGUCUUUGUUUAAUCAUUGGUUGUUUUGUAUUCAUUGUUGUGUCCUAUGUGCACAUCUUCAGGGCCGUGCUGAGGAUGCUCUCCAAGCAGGGACGGCACAAAGCCUUCUCCACGUGCCUCCCUCACCUGGCCGUGGUCUCCCUGUUUCUCAGCACUGCUAUGUUUGCCUACCUGAAGCCACCCUCUAUGUCCUCCCCAUCCAUGGACCUGGUGGUGGCAUUUGUGUACUCGGUGGUGCCUCCAACACUGAACCCCCUCAUCUACAGCAUGAGGAACCAGGAGCUCAAAGAUGCUCUGUGGAAACUGAUGGACAAAGGCCAUACAAUGACUUUGUCUUCCUUCCUGUAA